GAGGUGAAAAUCUGCACACCGCCCAUACAAAACUCGCCAGAAUUUUCACCAGUUUUGAAGUGAAUGAAACCCGCGGUUUUACCAGAUUUUUCACUACUUUUGGCUGGCAGGGUUAUGUGUUUCUUUCUGUGUUUACCGUUUUUAAUACUUUUUCAGCUUAAAGCUGUUCAGUUGUCUUCUAACUUAGAGGUAAUUGCAAUUGCUGAGGUGAAGUUUGACUCUGAUUUGCCUGAAUUUCGUACAAGCGGUGGUGCUAAUUCUAGUUCAACGAAACAUGAAGUGUUCGUGCAACCCGUAAUGUGGGUGAAAGCAAUUGAUAUUGUGCUGGAUCGAUUGGUGAUGCAAGGUGCUGACCUCAGUACAGUUUUGGCCAUAGGCGGCUCUGCUCAGCAACAUGGAUCCUUAUAUUGGUCACGACAUGGAGUUAAAACAUUGAGGAAUUUGAAUUCGGAUAAAUUUCUUCACGUUCAAAUAGAUGAUUCCGCUUUUACGGUGAAUCGUACGCCGAUUUGGAUGGAUGGCUCAACAGAGAAGCAGUGCGUAGAAAUGGAAACUGCAAUCGGUGGUCGGGCAGAGAUGCUUAAUAUUUCAGGUUCAAAGUGUUAUGCUCGAUUUACUGGCCCACAAAUACGUAAAAUUUACCAAGAACGUUCCAAUGCCUACGAAGAAACGCAACGAAUUUCUCUGGUUAGCAGUUUCUGUGCCUCUGUUUUUCUUGGUGAUAUUGCGCCUAUAGACUACGGUGAUGCAUCAGGCAUGAAUCUUUUUGAUAUCAAAGCAAAAAUUUGGUCUAAACAAUGUCUAAACGCAUGUGCUCCUGACCUAGAAGAUAGAUUAGGCAAACCUGUUCCCACUAGCGCCAUAAUUGGUAAAAUUUGUAAUUUUUUUGUAGAACGGUUCGGAUUUUCUCCUGAAUGUAUAGUGACUGCUUUUACUGGCGACAACCUAUCAGCGUUGUCUGGAAUGGUGCUUGAGCAGAACUGUUUAGUAAUGUCUUUGGGGACAAGUGACACAUUAAUAAUGAAUUUAAAAGAGCAGCCACGUUUAGAAGAAGGCCAUGUGCUAUGCCAUCCCACCGAAAUAGGCCACUUUGUGGGACUGAUGUGCUUUCGCAACGGCUCUCUAGUGCGAGAUUUAUUUAAUAAAAUUGAGGCUAGCAGUGACUGGAACAAGUUCAAUGAACUACUCGAUUCUACGCCACGUGGAAACUACGGAAACAUGGCUUUGCAUUUUCAUUCUAUUGAAAUAAUUCCUAAUGUGAAGGGCGUUUUGCGCUGGACCCGAAAUAACUCCUCUGAAAACUCCGAAACAGCAAAAGGUGUACAAAAAUUUUUAUCGCCGCAAACUGAAAUACGUGCACUGAUUGAAGGACAAAUGUUACAUAAACGAGCCGUAGCCUCAGACAUGGGAUUCCACUUCGGCGAUGAGACAAAAAUUGUUGCCACAGGAGGAGCAUCUGUAAAUAAGUCUAUUUUACAAGUAAUAUCAGAUGUUUUCAAUGCACCAGUUUUUGUUCAGAAUGAAAGUGAGGCUGCUUUGUUUGGUGCCGCGUACCGUGCAAAAUAUGCAAUAUAUUUAAAUUCGUUAGUAGACGUCAGUCGUAUAUGUCAUGAAAAUAACAACGUGCAGCACACAGCAACGACCGGGCCAUUAAGCUACCUCGAUUACAUAACACGGUUCAUUCCAAAUCAUCUACGGAUAGUUUGUGAACCCAGUAAGGAUUGUGAGCAAAUUUAUUCACCAAUGGUAGAACGUUACCGAAAAAUGGCGUUGAUAUUGGCAAAAAAAUAGUCACACUUAUGUUAAUUUAACACAUUCCUUUGGUGACAUACAUAUGUACAUAUCGUUUCUUCGUUGAAAGAGUGUCACAAAUACGAAAUAACACCAUAAAUUAAUUAUUUUCAGUGUGGGUAUGUGCAGCCCAUGAUUCAAUAAUAAAAGGUUUGCUCAAGAAGCAUUUUUCUCGCUCCCUCUUGACAAAAUCGGCUCCCUUAGCAAAGCAUUGUGUGUGGGUUCGUGGGUGUGUGCAAAGCUUUUGUAAGGGAGUGUCAAAACUUUAAUGUCAAUAAUGAGCAAACCUUUAAUUAUUGAAUCAUGUGUGCAGCGUGUGUAAUAAGUAUAGUGUACAAUACGGUGGUCCAAAAAAA